AUGGCGAACACUGGCAUGCAGCUGAUCAGCUUCACCUGCGCGGUGACUGGCUGGAUCAUGGCGAUCGCGGUCACGGCCUUGCCUCAGUGGAAGGUCUCGGCCUUCAUCGGCAGCAACAUCCUGACCUCAGAGAUCAAGUGGGAAGGCAUCUGGAUGAACUGCAUCUACCAGACCACUGGUCACAUGCAGUGUAAGACCUAUGACUCCCUGCUGGCCCUGCCUCCAGACAUCCAGGCGGCCCGCGCCCUCAUGUGUCUGGCCAUCUUCAUGGGCUGGCUCUCCUGCACGGUGUCCUGCUGCGGCAUGAAGUGCACCACCUGCGCCGGGGACGACCGCCGGGCCAAGGCGGGCAUCGCGCUCUCAGGCGGGGUUCUCUUCAUUCUGACCGGCCUGUGCGUGCUGAUUCCCGUUUCCUGGACUGCUAACACCGUCAUCCAGGAUUUCUAUAACCCCAACGUGCCACUGAUGCACAAACGAGAGCUGGGUCAGGCCAUUUAUCUGGGCUGGGCGUCUGCGGUUAUUCUCAUGAUCAGCGGAGCUGUGUUGAGCAGCACCUGUCCCCUCAUGGAGAGGAGCGGCAGGUACCGCAGGGGCUAUAUAGGCCGGAGCUUUGCUAAUUCACCCGCUUCAGCACCAGAUCCCCCAAAACCUAUCACAUCUAAUAGUGUACCAUUAAAGGAGUACGUAUAG